UGCUGGGGGCGCUGGAAUCCGGGGAAGGAGGAAAAGAAAAAAAAAGCAAACCUGCAUCGAAGGAGCACUAAUUCCUCCCGGUCGGGGUUUGCCAUGGUAAAGUUGGCUUCAGAUAUGAGACCUCACAAACCGAUCGUCAUUCCACAGCAACCCAUUGUGCUCAAGAUACAUCUUCCAUCUUGGUUCUGGAGUGAUGUGUUGUCCGCGGAAACGUACAGAUCUUCGACGGUGGAGUUGUCUGGGAGUAGUCCACUUCUUGCCUAUCUGACCAACUUCCUCAGAGAGCGGUUGGGAUUAUAUUCCACCAUAGAGAAGCGAGGAACGAACAAUUCCGAUGAUUAUAAGCUAACAGCCAAUGCGCAUCUCAUGAUAGAGUGGCGUAAUGACAAUCCGCACUACCUGAAGUCACGAUUGCCCCUCCGUGCGCCGUUAAGGCCCCGCGCUUGGGAUGAACUCCUCAUUCUGCCCGCCAAAGUGGCUGGCUGCUCCCACUUGUCAAUCCAUUCCAUCCUCCAGUAAAAAUAACCCUCGCGCAUUCAGAUCCCAAUUCUAUUUGGAUUAGUUUCGACAAACUAACUUACUAUCCCACUCCAAUCUGAUUCUGCAUAACAAAAAUGGCCGAGACAUCCUCAUCCAUCCCGACUCCCCCG